UGGAAGGUCAACCCCGAGGCCAUUCAUCGCGUCUAUACUUUCUCAUUCCCCUCGGUGAUGACUGCGGUCUUGAUCCGUCAGGCUUCAAGCUCAGACUAGAUCCAGUCGACUUUCUGGAACCCAGACCCUACCCGGCGUCCGGCCAUGUCUUCCUCCGAAUCUUCACCCGUUGCCGGCCAGAAACGCAAAGUUGCCGACAUGAGCUCCGACGAAGAAGAGAACUACCGCCCAACCAUGGGCUUUCGUGGCUUCAACCGAGCUGCCUCUCGCUCCGAAUCCCCUCCUGCGCACGGCGGUCUCGGUAGCGCUCGUCGCAACCCAUGGAACAAUAUGGCGCAGGCAUCGACGAAAAGUGGAGGAAACAAUGGAGGCAAAGGCAUGGGCGGGGGGAAUUCCUUCGCCGCGCGCAUGAUGGCCAAGAUGGGCUACAAGGAGGGGCAAGGUCUUGGUUCGUCUGGACAGGGUAUCAUCAACCCGAUUGAGGCCCAGGCUCGUCCCACGGGCGCGGGUCUGGGUGCGGUCCGCGAGAAGACCAAACAAGCUCGAGAGGAGGAGAAGCGGGCUGCAACGCUACGCGGUGAGACCGUCGAGGAGAGCUCAGAUGAAGAGCGCAAGAGGCGACAGAAGAAGAAGAAAGAGGAGCGCAAACGCGAUGGCAGGAGUGGAACGAGUACGCCGGUCGCUCGAGCGAAGCCCAAAUUCCGAACUGCCCGCGAAAUCGAGCAGGAUAUGGAGGGUCUGGAGGUUCCCAACGUGCUGAAGUCUUUGAUUGAUGCGACUGGGAAAGAGCAGCGGGUGAUCACUUCAACCGCCGGGUUGAUGACACCGCAAGCGUUCGUCAACCAGGGUGAAGGCGAGGCCUGGAAGAUUGCACAAAGGGCGCGCAACGACCUCGAGGCAUUCGCAGACGAGUGGAAGGGACUGACGGAGAGGAAGAAAUACAUUGAGAUGGAAGAAAGCCAGAUUGUCGAGCAAAUGGACACGAAUCAGCUCAAGGCCGAUCAACUUACCGAGCUGGUUGCGGCAAUUGGAGCACUGGAUGUAUCCGAGAAGGAAGAGACAAGGGCCAAGUUCGACGAGUUAACCGACAAGCUCGAGUCAAUAGAGAUGAAAUUUCGCAACGAGAUAGACGAAUACCGACUACCAGAGACCGCCGUGGCCGCGAUUCACCCUCUCUUCCGCCAGGCUAUGGAGGAAUGGGAACCCCUCAAGGAGCCGACGUUCCUUGUCGCCAACCUCCGCCGUCUCCAGCCAUUACUACUCCGCGAUAUCCGGGGCACUCACACCCAGCGCUCAUCCACCUCCCCUUACGAAACCAUGAUCUACACCCUCUGGCUGCCACGCGUACGCUCCGCCCUCCUCAAUGACUGGGACGUCUACGAGCCCGCGUCCGCAACAUCGCUCGUCGUCGCCUGGAAAGAACUCCUCCCACCUUUCAUCUACUCCAACGUGCUCGACCAACUCGUAGUCCCGAAGCUCACCAACGGCCUAAAGGACUGGAAACCUCGAAGCAGCAGCAGCAGUAGCCGGCGACACCACCCUUCCUCCUCCUCCCGCUUCCCGUGGUGGCUCUUCACCUGGCUCCAAUACCUCGACGACCGACACACGAACCCCAAACAAGCCACAGGGCUCCUCUCCGAUGCGAAACGCAAAUUCCGGGUCGUGCUAGACACAUGGGACCUCGGAAAGGGCCUUAUCAGCGGCAUCGAGCUCUGGCGCGACGCCUUGGGCUCCGAAUUCGACUCUUGCCUGCGCAACCACUUGCUGCCACGCCUGGGUCGCCACCUCCGCGAGGACUUCCAGGUCAACCCGCAAGACCAGGACCUGACCGCCCUGGAGAACGUUCUGCGAUGGCAGCCCUUCUUCCAACCCAAGGUCAUGGCCCUCCUCCUGACGGCUGAGUUCUUCCCCAAGUUCCACCAGAUCCUCUACAUCUGGCUCACCAACGACCCCAACUACGAGGAAGUCGCCGAGUGGUUCACCUGGUGGCGCACGCAGAUCCCCGCCGCGCUGAACGAGCUCACUAUCGUCGACGACGAGUGGAACAAAGCCCUGCAGACCAUGGACCUCGCCUCGCAGCUCGGCGACCGCGCCGCUGCAGAACUCCCUGCCCCCACAGCCGCCACCACCACCAGCCACGCACAACAACAACAACCACCCAAAGAAACGACCACCAGACCCACCACCACCACCCCCGCCCCCGGCCCCCCCUCGCGCCUCAAACCCAAAAUUAUCGAAGAAGUCGCCUUCAAGGAUAUCCUGGAAGCAUGGUGCAUGGAGCAAGGGCUUAUCAUGCUCCCGCUCCGCGAGGCGCACCCGCAGAACGGCCAGCCGCUCUUCCGGAUCACGGCCAGCGCGACGGGCAAGGGCGGCGUGGUGGCGUUCGUGCAGGGCGAUGUCGUCUGGGUGCAAAACAAGAAGGCGAAGGAGGUGUGGGAGCCGAUGGGGUUGGAGGAUCGUUUGGUGGAGCGGGCGGAAGGGAAGUGA